GUGUCCCCCUCUCAUACUGUCCCACUCACUCAAAGACCUCAUACACUCAAGCAGCGAUUUCAGACACUUAGACCAGCGCUUCGUCACACAGACUUUAUCAGCGCUUUUAUUGCCACAGGUUAUCCCAUUGUGUCUCUCUUUGUCUGGGCUGAAUCUCCACCGUUCGCUCUGGGACUUGGCUUGGCUCUACCUUCUCUCAACCCCUCCCCCCUACAGCACCCGGAGGGUGGGACAGACUUCUUGCUGACCCACAAUGUUUCUGGUUCUUGUUGUGACGCCGGAACUAAGGGAGUUCUUGGCCAGAGCAAGGGGUGGAGCUGUCCGCCUCAUCAAGGUGCGGAUCCAGGACGAACAGCUGGUGCUUGGGGCAUUCAGAGAGCCGACACAGAGCUGGGACCAGGACUAUGACCACUUCCUACUUCCUCUGCUGGACGACCAGGAGCCUUGCUACAUCCUGUACCGCCUCGACUCCCAGAAUGCCCAGGGAUACGAGUGGAUCUUCAUCUCCUGGUCUCCUGACCAAUCUCCAGUGAGACAGAAGAUGCUGUACGCUGCCACCCGUGCCACAGUGAAGAAAGAGUUUGGUGGUGGUCAUGUGAAGGAUGAGAUGUUUGGAACAGUGGAGGAGGACAUCUGUCUCGAGGGCUACCACCGUCACGUGUCCUCCAGCUCCGGCCCUGCCCCACUCACAGCUGCUGAACAGGAGCUGCGGAGAAUCAAAAUCAACGAGGGAAGGGUUAAGCAGGUGAAAACAGAGACCAGUGUGGAGAGUAAGCACCAAACACUGCAGGGCCUUGCUUUCCCAUUGCAGGAGGAAGCCAAACAUGCACUACAACAACUUGCACAGAAAGGCAUCAACUACAUACAGCUGAAGUUGGACACAGAGAAAGAGACUAUAGAGCUGGUCCAUUCCGACCCGACAGAGACCCGUGAGCUGCCUUGCAGGGUUCCCACGGACACGCCCAGAUAUCACUUCUUCCUCUAUAAACACUCUCACGAAGGGGACUACUUGGAAUCUGUUGUGUUCAUCUACUCCAUGCCAGGGUACAGCUGUAGCAUUAAGGAGCGGAUGCUGUACUCCAGUUGUAAGAGUCGACUGCUGGAUGAGGUGGAGAAGGAUUACCAUCUGGAGGUUGCCAAGAAGAUGGAGAUUGACAGUGGGGAUGAGUUGACAGAGGAGUUCCUGUAUGAUGAGGUCCAUCCUAAGCAGCAGGCUUUCAAGCAGGCCUUCGCCAAGCCUCGUGGCCCAGCAGGGAAGAGAGGCAACAAGCGUCUCAUCAAGGGCCCAGCGACUAGGGAGAGCAGGCCGGAGAGCUAGAGAGAGGGACAGAGGUCGUCUUGGCAGCCCUUCCCUGAAUCCUCCUGCUGUUGCCAUGUCCUCUGGCAGCUUGUUUGGCCACGAAGAAGGAAAAGGAGAAGAACAUGGAGGGAUUUCUGUCAUUUUUUAUUUCCCCCUGCCUUUGCUUGUGUUUUAACAAUGUGUCAAUAAUGUACGUGCUAUUCAUGAACAUCAACUAUAGCAAUGGUUCCCAAACUGUGGGGGAGCGAAAGGUCAGCAUGGGGAAGAAGAGGGAACUCACUCCGGCUUUCAACUUACUCCAAACUUACUCUGCAGUUUCGAUAUUGGGUAGUGCAUCAGCAGAAUGUGUAGAAUUGCAGGAAAUUUGUUUUAAAAUGGCAACAUUUUCUCUGCAUCCCAUAACAAAAUGUAUAGAAUUAUGGGAAAUAAGCUUUAAUCCUACAACAUUUCAUGAACAUUGCUUGUGCCCAUAGAAAUAGAUGUGGCUUGCUUUUGCGAUGAGGGGGGGGGGGGGGGGGGGGGGGGGGUGGGGGAUGUUACCCAGUAAAAAAGUUUGGAAAACCCUAAACUAUAGGAUAAAACUAAGGAUUUCACUUGAUUUUUCUCAAUAUCUUUCCGUGUCACUCUUAAACACAACAUCCUACACAUACACACAGAUGGAUAGACAGAUGGACUGACAGAUGGACUGACAGAAAUUAAAGACCAGUGGGUGGUCUUACAGAUACCUCAGCCGAGUUUCUCUAUUGCUAAUGUCACAUACAGGAGAAGCGUGUCUCUCUAAUGUAUUGUCCAUACCUUGCUUGUUGCCACUAAAUGUUUUGUAUCAAACACGUUUUUAUAAACAGAUGAUACUAAUGAGAGGAAUGCCAAAUAAAAUAUAGUUUUUUUCUUCUGUAUGUUGUGUCAUAAAAAAACACAGCACAAAUUGCAUGGGCCAGAUGAUGCAUUAUAGCCUCUUGUUGCAUCUACGGCCACGCAGAGGGGACAGAGAGGACACGUCUCUAGCAGUGUUCCCGACAAGACUAUUGCAGGCCGCAGCACUAGUCCGGCCUGUUGAGGCAGCGAAUGGCCGUCCUUUAACAUAAGCACAGGCGAUCAACAUGUGCAGGCAGUCAUGUAUAGUUACCACAGAGCAGAUUCCCUGUCAUUAUGAGUUCCUUCAUAAUUGAAUUCGCAAGUAGCCUAUUAGUAAUCUACACAUGCCUUUGAGAGCACGCAAAUUAAAAGACCUGCUGAUAGCCGCUGUUUAUACAUUUACACUAGGUCAAGUUUCGUAAAGGCAACUCAAACAUCUAUAUAUCACAUGAUGACAUAUUGACCGAUUACACAUGACACGUGUUGGUUGUUAACAUUACAUCCUUGUUCUUCACUGGUCCUGGGGACACGCAUUUCCAGUUCAGUACUAACACACCUGAUUCAAUUAGUAAGCCUUAGGUAAGACCAGGCAGGAAGAAGAACUCAAUGACUGUUUACAACAGUUUGUUUCAAAGCUUACUCUACCGAACAAAUAACCAACCAAAUCACUGUGGUAAAUUAAUGUCAGGGCAAACCUAAAAUCACAUUUGUUUUUUUUGUUCUUGUAUUUCCAGCAGACGAUGGGCAACUUUUUGGAACUCAGUUGAGGUCUCAACUUGCUGUUGAGAGUUAAAAUAGUAGAAUACACAAGGUGCAAUUUCGAAAUCUGGUUGUGCAUCAGGUCUGGCUGUGGGUAUGCAGACCCACGAGCCACUGUGGCCCUUCAUGAUAAGCUCAUAUUUCUUGUGGCCCCCACCUCCAUCAAUGUUGCCCAUCCCUGAUCUACACUGAACAUAAAUAGAAACAUAUGUUAAGUGUUAGUCCCAUGUUUCAUGAACUGAAAUAAAAGAUCCCAGAAAUGUGUUUA